CGGCGCCAUGAAGAGGCAGAGCGAGCGGGACUCGAGCCCCGGCGGGCGCGGCUCAUCCUCAUCGGCCAAGCGGCCGCGGGAGCGCGAACGGGAGGCCGAGGCGGGCGGGCGGCGGGCGGCGCACAAGGCCUCGGGCGGCGCCAAGCACCCGGUCCCCGCGCGGGCCCGCGACAAGCUCCGCGGCAGCGGGGGCGGCGGGGGCGGGCAUCGCGACGGCCGCGGCGCCGGGGACGCGAACCACCGGGCGAGCAGCGGUCGCUCCUCAGGCUCGGGCGCCGGCGGCGGGGGACGCGGCGGCAAGGCCUCGGGGGACCCGGGCGCGGCAAGCGCCUCGCCUCGCGCGUCUCCGCUGCCGCCGCCGCCGCCACCACCGCCGCCGCCGCCCGGGGCCGAGCCCGCGGGCCCCGGCUCGUCGGCAGCCGCGUCCGAGUACAAGACGCUGCUCAUCAGCAGCCUGAGCCCCGCGCUGCCCGCCGAGCACCUGGAGGACCGGCUCUUCCACCAGUUCAAGCGCUUCGGGGAGAUCAGCCUGCGCCUGUCGCACACGCCGGAGCUGGGCCGCGUGGCCUACGUGAACUUCCGGCACCCGCAGGACGCGCGCGAGGCCCGCCAGCACGCCCUGGCCCGCCAGCUGCUGCUCUACGACCGGCCGCUUAAGGUGGAGCCCGUGUACCUGCGCGGCGGCGGCGGGAGCAGCCGGCGCAGUAGCAGCAGCAGCGCCGCCGCCUCCACGCCGCCCCCCGGGCCGCCCGCGCCCGCCGACCCGCUGGGGUACCUGCCGCUGCACAGCGGCUACCAGUACAAGCAGCGCUCGCUGUCCCCCGUGGCCGCCCCGCCGCUGCGUGAGCCGCGCGCCCGCCACGCCGCCGCCGCCUUCGCCCUGGACGCGGCCGCCGCGGCCGUUGGGCUGUCCCGGGAGCGGGCCCUGGACUACUACGGGCUGUACGACGACCGCGGGCGCCCCUACGGCUACCCCGCGGUGUGCGAGGAGGACCUGAUGCCCGAGGACGACCAGCGCGCCACGCGCAACCUCUUCAUCGGGAACCUGGACCACAGCGUGUCUGAGGUGGAGCUGCGCCGGGCCUUCGAGAAGUACGGCAUCAUUGAGGAGGUGGUUAUCAAGCGGCCCGCCCGCGGCCAGGGUGGCGCCUACGCCUUCCUCAAGUUCCAGAACCUUGACAUGGCCCACAGGGCCAAGGUGGCCAUGUCGGGCCGGGUGGUCGGCCGCAACCCCAUCAAGAUCGGCUACGGCAAGGCCAACCCCACCACCCGCCUCUGGGUGGGCGGCUUGGGACCCAACACCUCGCUGGCAGCCCUGGCCCGGGAGUUCGACCGCUUCGGGAGCAUCCGGACCAUCGACCACGUCAAGGGGGACAGCUUUGCCUACAUCCAGUACGAGAGCUUGGACGCGGCGCAGGCCGCCUGUGCGAAAAUGCGGGGCUUCCCGCUGGGCGGCCCGGAGCGCAGGCUGCGCGUGGAUUUCGCGAAGGCGGAGGAGACGCGAUACCCGCAGCAGUACCAGCCCUCCCCGCUGCCGGUGCACUACGAGCUGCUGCCCGACGGGUACCCCCGGCACCGCAGCCUGGACGCCGAGCUGCGGGUGCGGGACCGGACACCGCCGCACCUCCUCUACUCGGACCGAGAGCGGGCCUUUCUGGAAGGGGACUGGGCCGGCCCGGGCAAGGGCGGCGACCGCAGGAACAGCCUGGAGGGCUACGGCCGCUCUGUGCGCAGCCGCAGCGGGGAGCGCUGGGGAGGCGACGGGGAGCGGGGCCCACCCAAGCCCUGGGACGAGAGGCGGAAGCGGAGGAGCCUCUCCAGUGAGCGCGGGAGGGCCACCCACUCCCCUUACGAGGAGCGGAGCAGGACCAAGGGUGGUGGGCAGCCGGCGGACCGGGGUUCCGACCGCACCCCUGAGCGCAGCCGCAAGGAGAACCACGCCGGCGAAGGGGCCAAGGAGGCGGGCAGCAACUCCCUGAGCAACAGCAGGCACGGCGCCGAGGAGCGCGGCCACCACCACCACCACGAGGCCGCGGACCCCUCCCACGGGAAGAAGCGAGAGGGCGAGCGCAAUCACCGCCCCGCCGAGGCCGAGCCCAGGCCGCUGGAGGAGCCGAGGCACGAGGCCAAGAAGCUCAAGAGCCUCUCGGAGUACGCCCAGACGCUGCCGCUGGGCUGGGCCGGGCUGCUGGUGCUGAAAAACAGCUGCUUCCCGACAGCCAUGCACGUCCUGGAAGGGGACCAGGGCGUCAUCAGCGGCCUCCUCAAAGACCACGCCUCCGGGAGCAGGCUGACGCAGCUCAAGAUCGCGCAGCGCCUGCGGCUGGACCAGCCCAAGCUCGACGAGGUCACGCGGCGCAUCAAGCAGGGGAGCCCCAACGGCUACGCGGUGCUCCUCGCCACGCAGGCGGCCCCCGGCGGGCUGGGCGCCGAGGGGACGCCGGCGGUGGAGCCUGGCCUGCAGAGGCGGCUGCUCAGGAACCUAGUCUCCUACUUGAAGCAGAAGCAGGCGGCGGGGGUGAUCAGCCUGCCCGUGGGCGGCUCCAAGGGCAGGGACAGCACGGGCAUGCUCUACGCCUUCCCGCCCUGCGCCUUCGCGCAGCAGUACCUGCAGGCGGCGCUGAGGACCCUGGGCAGGCUGGAGGAGGAGCACAUGGUGGUGGUCAUAGUGAGGGACACCGCCUAGCCCCGCGCCGCCUCCGCCACGGCGGCCACUGUCGCAGCUGACGCCCCUCCGCGCCACCCCUCGGGGUGAAUUCUCUGCUGGGUGGUUUCAGGUCGUCUGGUGGGGAACCGGGGUCCUGACCCCACCGAAGCCACGUUCUUAGGUUUCCGGGCUUGCUUCCAGCCAUGAGAAGGGACCCCUGUCACGUUGGUUUCUAGUGUACGAGAUGCUGUCUGCUGUGUUCUGUAUUUUUUUAUUUUUUGAUUAACUGUAUGGAAAGUUGUCAGUAAAGCCUUUGUCAGAGGAUGAAUUUUUAAUCCUG